CACCGGGAGCCGAGACCCGGGGCAGGGAGUGCGGGGAGCGAGGGGCGACGCUGGCCGCGAGGAUCCGGGUGACAGCGUGAGAGGUACUAGGUUUUGACAAUUUUGCAUCAUGCGUGACUAUAAGCUGGUUGUUCUUGGCUCAGGAAGUGUUGGAAAAUCUGCUCUGACUGUACAGUUUUUUCAAGGAAUUUUUGUUGAAAAAUAUGAUCCUACAAUAGAAGAUUCUUAUAGAAAGCAAGUUGAAGUAGAUGCACAGCAGUGUAUGCUUGAAAUUUUGGAUGCUGCAGGAACGGAACAAUUUACAGCAAUGAGGGAUUUGUACAUGAAAAACGGACAAGGCUUUGCUUUAGUUUAUUCCAUCACAGCACAGUCCACAUUUAAUGAUUUACAAGAUCUAAGAGAGCAGAUUCUUCGAGUUAAAGACACUGAUGAUGUUGCAAUGAUCCUGGUUGGUAAUAAAUGUGACUUGGAAGACGAAAGAGUUGUAGGAAAGGAACAAGGUCAAAAUCUAGCAAGACAAUGGAACAACUGUGCAUUCCUAGAAUCUUCUGCAAAGUCAAAAAUAAAUGUUAAUGAAAUUUUUUAUGACUUAGUGCGGCAAAUUAACAGAAAAACUCCAGUACCUGGGAAGGCUCGCAAAAAGUCACCCUGUCAACUGCUUUAAUAUACUAAAUGUGUUGUAGCUCUGAGCCAGGUCUGAAGAACUGUUGCCCAAUUCAACA